AAAAAGGUCAACCAACGAAAAAGAUACAAAACUCUGUCUACCUACUACUCAAAAUGGUGGUCAGGCCUUAUGUUGAGGAGCUGAAGUAUCUGGAGAAGAUCAAUGAUCACUGCUGGCGUAUCAAGAAGGGCUUCCAGCCCAACAUGAAUGUUGAAGGUGUGUUCUACGUGAACAGCCGCCUGGAGCAGCUCAUGCUGGAGGAGUUAAAGAAUUCGUGCCGCCCAGGCGCCGUUGGCGGCUUCCUGCCGGGUGUCAAGCAGAUCGCAAAUGUGGCCGCAUUGCCGGGCAUUGUUGGCCGUUCCAUUGGACUGCCGGACAUCCAUUCGGGCUAUGGUUUUGCCAUCGGCAACAUGGCCGCAUUCGACAUGGAUGAUCCGCUGUCAGUGGUCAGCCCCGGUGGCGUCGGAUUCGAUAUCAAUUGCGGUGUGCGUCUGCUGCGUACCAAUUUGUUCGAGAAGGAUGUGCAGUCGCUGAAGGAGCAGUUGGCGCAAUCGCUCUUCGACCACAUCCCAGUUGGCGUAGGCUCCAAAGGCAUUAUACCGAUGAACGCGCGUGACUUGGAGGAAGCCCUAGAAAUGGGAAUGGAUUGGUCGUUGCGCGAAGGCUAUGUCUGGGCGGAGGACAAAGAGCACUGCGAGGAGUACGGGCGCAUGCUUAACGCCGAUCCGGCCAAGGUAAGCAUGCGCGCCAAAAAGCGUGGCCUGCCCCAGCUGGGCACAUUGGGCGCCGGAAAUCACUACGCCGAGAUCCAAGUGGUGGACGAGAUAUACGACAAGUGGAGCGCCUCGAAAAUGGGCAUUGAGGAGAAGGGCCAAGUGGUCGUCAUGAUACACUCGGGCAGCCGCGGCUUCGGCCACCAGGUGGCCACAGAUGCCCUUGUCGAAAUGGAGAAGGCCAUGAAGCGCGACAAGAUCGAGACGAAUGACCGCCAACUGGCCUGCGCGCGCAUCAAUUCACCAGAGGGACAGGAUUACCUGAAGGCGAUGGCUGCGGCUGCAAAUUUCGCCUGGGUGAACCGCAGCUCGAUGACUUUCCUCACGCGCCAGGCCUUCGCCAAGAUGUUCAAGACGACGCCCGAUGACCUGGACAUGCACGUCAUCUACGAUGUCUCGCACAACAUCGCCAAGGUAGAGAACCACAUGGUGGACGGCAAGGAGCGCAAGCUGCUUGUGCAUCGCAAGGGCUCUACUCGCGCCUUCCCCCCUCAUCAUCCACUAAUACCAGUGGACUACCAGCUGACCGGACAACCUGUCCUCGUUGGCGGCACCAUGGGCACCUGCAGCUACGUCCUGACCGGCACCGAGCGCGGCAUGCAGGAGACUUUUGGCAGCACCUGCCACGGCGCGGGCCGCGCCUUGUCACGCGCCAAGUCGCGUCGCAAUCUGGACUACAAAGAUGUGCUGGACAAGCUGGAUCAACUGGGCAUCGCCAUACGCGUUGCCAGCCCCAAACUAGUCAUGGAGGAGGCUCCAGAAUCAUAUAAGGAUGUCACUGACGUCGUGGAUACCUGCCACGCCGCUGGCAUCAGCAAGAAGUGCAUCAAAAUGCGUCCCAUUGCAGUUAUCAAGGGCUGAA